CUCCUCCUCCCGCAGGCGCCGCCGCCGCCUCCCUCCCGGCUCCCGCCCCAGCUGCCGCCCGCCGGCUCGCCCGUGCAGCGGCGAUGCCCCGGAGCGUCGACCCCGGUCCUGGUCCCUGGCCCGCCGCGUAAUUAGCCUCCGCGCGCCCAGAGCGCGCCGCCGCCAACGCCGCGCCCGACGCAGCGAUGGGCAACACGGUGCACCGGACCCUGCCAGACCCGAGCCCACCGGCGCGCCUCCUGGCCACCCGGCCGUGCUGCGGCCCCGGCCCCGAGCGACGCCCGGUCCUGGGCGAGGCGCCGCGCUUCCACGCGCAGGCCAAAGGCAAGAACGUGCGGCUGGACGGCCACUCGCGCCGGGCCACACGGCGCAACAGCUUCUGCAAUGGCGUCACGUUCACGCAGCGGCCCAUCCGGCUGUACGAGCAGGUGCGGCUGCGCCUGGUGGCCGUGCGCCCUGGCUGGAGCGGCGCGCUGCGCUUCGGCUUCACCGCGCACGAUCCGUCGCUCAUGAGCGCCCAGGACAUCCCCAAGUACGCCUGCCCGGACCUGGUCACGCGGCCGGGCUACUGGGCCAAGGCACUGCCCGAGAACCUGGCGCUGCGCGACACGGUGCUGGCCUACUGGGCCGACCGCCACGGCCGCGUGUUCUACAGCGUGAACGACGGCGAGCCGGUGCUCUUCCACUGCGGCGUGGCCGUGGGCGGCCCGCUCUGGGCGCUCAUUGAUGUCUACGGCAUCACCGACGAGGUGCAGCUUCUGGAGAGCGCCUUCGCUGACACGCUGACGCCCGCGCGCCUCAGCCAGGCCCGCUUCAGCGCCUGCCUGCCGCCCAGCAGCCACGACGCGGCCAACUUCGACAACAACGAGCUCGAGAACAACCAGGUGGUGGCCAAGCUGGGCCACCUGGCGCUGGGCCGCGCCCCGGGCCCACCGCCAGCCGACGCCGCGGCCGCCGCCAUUCCGUGCGGGCCCCGUGAGCGCCCGCGGCCCGCGUCGUCGCCGGCGCUACUAGAGGCCGACCUGCGCUUCCACGCAACACGCGGGCCCGACGUGAGCCUGUCGGCCGACCGCAAAGUGGCCUGCGCGCCGCGGCCCGACGGCGGCCGCACGCUGGUCUUCUCCGAGCGCCCGCUGCGGCCCGGCGAGAGCCUCUUCGUGGAGGUGGGCCGUCCGGGGCUGGCGGCGCCCGGCGCGCUGGCCUUCGGCAUCACGUCGUGCGACCCGGGCGUGCUACGGCCCAACGAGCUGCCCGCCGACCCAGACGCGCUGCUCGACCGCAAAGAGUACUGGGUGGUGGCGCGCGCCGGGCCCGUGCCGAGCGGCGGCGACGCGCUCAGCUUCACGCUGCGGCCCGGCGGCGACGUGCUCCUGGGCGUCAACGGGCGUCCGCGCGGCCGCCUGCUGUGCGUCGACACCACGCAGGCGCUCUGGGCCUUCUUCGCCGUGCGCGGCGGCGUCGCGGGCCAGCUGCGUCUCCUCGGUACCCUGCAGUCCAGCCCUGCGACCACGACUCCAUCAGGGUCCCUCAGCGGCUCCCAGGACGAUAGUGAUUCAGAUAUGACCUUCAGUGUCAACCAGUCCUCCUCGGCAUCUGAGUCAUCCCUGGUGACGGCCCCCAGCUCCCCGCUGAGCCCCCCGGUGUCCCCCGUGUUCUCCCCACCGGAGCCGGCAGGCAUCAAGAAUGGCGAGUGCACGGUGUGCUUCGAUGGCGAGGUGGACACGGUCAUCUACACGUGUGGACACAUGUGCCUGUGCCACAGCUGCGGCCUGCGGCUCAAGCGGCAGGCCCGGGCCUGCUGCCCCAUCUGCCGGCGGCCCAUCAAGGACGUCAUUAAGAUCUACAGGCCAUAGCCUAGCCUGCCCACGGGCCUUGGCCGGUGCAAGGUCACCUUUCUGAAGCCCCCCUGGGCUGGGCAACCACAUGGCUGCCGGGGAGUCCACGGGCAGCGGCCAUCUCUCCAGUGGUGGGCAAGGUGUGACAGUCGUGGAGCGAGGCCCACAGGGCCUCAGCCCAGGCAGGGGUUGCUUCUGGCUCCAAAGUGCUUUGCCCCCAAAAGGCCGUCCCAAGAGCAAGCUCAGGAACUGCCUGGCAGAUCACCCUGUCCCUUGGUGACCUUUCAACUGGGAAACAGCGUCCUCUGUCUGUGCAAUGCUUCUUGCUGGGGUUGGGUUGAGUGUGAGAGAAGGGGAGGGGAGGGAGGGAGAACAGAGAGAAUGUGUGUGUGAGAGAGAGAGAGAGAGAGAAUGAACGUGUAGCGAUUUUACCAGGGGUCCCGGCUCCGGGAGGAGACGUGCAAUCUGGAGCCCCGACAUUGGCAUGACUAGAAGUUGUUCACUUUCUGGGGAUGGGACAUGAGCUGGUUUUGAAUGUAUGAAGCUGACCCUAACAGAACUCCCUGGGGUGGUGUAGAAAAGAGAUGCUCAGAUUUUCUAAGGGGAGGCAAAAAUAACUCGUUGUUUACAGCUCCAAAGCAUGAACUCCUUGAGGGGAAGGUGGGUGAAGAACAAUUCACUUCUUCAUUUCUUACUGGGUCUUAGAGCUGGGUGUGAUGGGCACCGAGGCCAACCCCUCUGGGUUGUGUCAUCUUUUCACCCCUUCACCCCCAGACUGUCUAAUAAUACACACAUCAUAGCUUGUCUCCGUCUCUGGAGGCAAGUCUCUGUAAUGCCCUUCCCCAUCUCCAAGGAGAAGACCAGCAGUAAGUUCUGUUUUUCUGUGGGAGAGAAAGAAUCCUAGAGGCAGGUGACCCACCUGGAGCUGGAAAGCCCACUCCACGAUGCAGACAGCUCUCUACCUUCCUGUGGUGGCCCCUGGGCCUGGCAUUCCCAGGGGACCUGCUGGCAGGAGGAGGAACGAGGGCUUUAUAACUUUGGUUAUAACUUUUGGUCUUUGUUCUGAUUCUCAGUGUAUCUUCCUCUGCUGGUUACUAAAGUGUUCACUGAUAAGUAUGUUAA